GAAUGGAGUGGAUCUGUAUGUAAUGAUAUGGAAGUAUACGUUUGACGUAUUGGAAGAAACAUUGGAUCAAUUAGACAAAAUAGUCUAGAAAAAUGACUUAUUAAAUCUUUUUCUAUUAAGGAAAAGUUUUCAGAACAAUGAGUACAGCGUGAUCCCAUUUCACUUUUUUUUCUUAAGUCUAUGUAUGCAGGAAAAGAGUUGGGAGGGCACACACACAGGCUGUUCCCACUGGGGGACAGGGGAGAGGAGGUCUUUACAUUUAUACACACUUGCAUGUUGCUUAAACUUUUACAAUGAGCAAAUACUGCUUUCAGAAUAUUUAUUUUUUAAGGUAUCUUGACCUGAAAAAGGAGUCCGAGUUCCAGCCAUGGCUCCCUCACUUAGCUGAAAAUCAUAGUGAAGAACUUAACCUUUGUUGGCCUUAGUCACCUUCUCUGUUUAAAAAUAAAUCAGGGGGCUUCUCUGGUGGCGCAGUGGUUGAGAGUCCGCCUGCCGAUGCAGGGGACACGGGUUCGUGCCCCGGUGCGGGAAGAUGCCACGUACCGCGGAGCGGUUGGGCCCGUGAGCCAUGGCCGCUGAGCCUGCACGUCAAGAUCAGUAAAAUUUUAAACUUUUCCAUGUUUUUCAAGCAUGGUGGGUGUGGCUACUUUUAUAAUCAAGAAAAUAAAUAAGCCUCUGUUUUCCUUCUUUAAUAAGGGAGUUGUACUAGUUCUCUAAAGAUCCUUCCAGUUCUAACAUCUAAGAAUCUCUGAUCUCAGAUUUACUUGGAUUUUGAAAUUAAAAACAAAAAAAACAAAAAAAACCUGGCCCCCGACGUCAUGGUUCUCAGUACUAAGCCGUGCAGGCAUACCUUCGGCCACUGCAGUUUUCGUAGGCUCUUUGCUCUUUCUUUCAGUUCUAGAAACCUCUCCUCCUGGGGCUCUGUUUUGCCUGCCUCUUGGAAGGAGGGGCAGACCCUGCAGGACCGAGGCCUGUCCGGGGCCAGCAGGGCUGCUGGGCUUACUCCAGGCCACAGAGUAAGAGAAGCUAUUUUUGUUGUGGGAGCUGCAUUGUUGGCUUCUCGCCAAGAGCGCGUGCUUGCGGGCGUGGUUGAUGUGUCCUGUCUGCUGCUGCUGUCUCUACCACUGCUUCCAGAAAAUACCUGAGAGCACGUUUCCCCAGAACCAGGAGCUUAAACCUGAGACGGGUGUACAGGGAUGGGUGCUCUUUUUUGUGUGUUCUUCCCCUUCUGGACAUUAGAAGGGCAGCAGCAGACCAGAGUGUGGCCCAAUGAAGUGGGAAAGACUUUUCUCCCGGCGCUUCGCCUGACAGGGCCCCCUCCUCACUGUGGCUGCAGAGAACUCAGUCCUGAUCUGGGCUUUCUUGGCCUUAACAGAGCUGAGCGAGCUGCCCUCACCUCCGUCAGCCUGCUGGGGUUUCCUCAGGCUGCAGCUCAUCUCGCCUACUGGCCAAAUCUCCUGUUUUCAGUCCAGCCUGGGAACAGUGUCCUUCUUGGUGUGGGGCUUGACCUGAGCCUGGCAAGGUACCUGGAUCCUUAUCCAGCCUGGCCGGCUUCCUCAGUUGCAGAGCUACUUUGCUGCAUGUGAAGAUGAGACCCCUGCCAUCCGGAACCACGACAAGGUCCUGCAGCGUCUGUGUGAGCACUUGGACCACGCCCUGCUCUAUGGGUAAGGAGGUGGCCUCUGGAGAGGACAGUACAGAGCAGCAGGGCAGGACCCCGAGCCCACUGCAAGACCUCUCAUCUGGCUACUGGGUGCUCGUGGUGCAUUUCACCCGGAGAGAGGCCAUCAAGCAGAUCGAGGUGCUGCAGCACGUGGCCACCAACCUGGGACGCAGCCGGGCCUGGCUGUACCUGGCCCUCAACGAGAACUCCCUGGAGAGCUACCUGCGGCUGUUCCAGGAGAACCUGGGUCUCCUGCACAAGUACUACGUCAAGAAUGCCCUGGUCUGCAGCCAUGACCACCUGACCCUCUUCCUGACCUUGGUGUCUGGGCUGGAGUUCAUUCGGUUCGACCUGGACCUGGACGCCCCCUACUUAGACUUGGCCCCCUACAUGCCCGACUACUACAAACCCCAGUACCUGCUGGACUUUGAAGACCGCCUCCCCAGCUCGGUCCACGGCUCGGACAGCCUCUCCCUCAACUCCUUCAACUCCGUCACCUCCACCACCCUGGAGUGGGACGACAGUGCCAUCGCCCCAUCUAGUGAGGAUUAUGAUUUUGGAGAUGUGUUUCCAGCAGUGCCGUCUGUACCCAGCACAGACUGGGAAGAUGGAGACCUCACAGACACUGUCAGUGGCCCCCGCUCUACUGCCUCGGACCCGGCCAGCAGCAAGGCUUCCACCAAGAGUCCCACCCAGCGCCACAACCCCUUCAAUGAGGACCAGGCAGAGACCGUGUCCUCCUCCGACACCACCCCUGUGCACACCGCCUCUCAGGAGAAGGGGGAGCCCCAUACCCCGGACUUGCCAGACACCUGCACAGAGCUCGAGGUCAUCAGGGUCACCAAGAAGAAGAAAACUGGCAAGAAGAAGAAGCCCAGAUCGGAUGAGGAAGCAAGUCCACUCCACCCGGCCUCUACCCAGCACACGUGUGCCAGGCGGGGCAGUGGUGACACCCUCGUCAGCAGCCCAGGCCCCGGGCGGGUCUCCCCAGACAAGACCCUCGCCUCCGCCGGGGAGGAGACAGAGGGGCCCGGCAGCACAGCCGAGGGCAGCGAGCGCUCAGAGCCCGGCCAGGUGGGCCUGCUUAUCCCCGAGAUGAAGGACACCUCCAUGGAGUGCUUGGGGCAGCCCCUGAGUAAGGUCAUUGAUCAGCUCCACGGGCAGCUGGACCCCAGCACCUGGUGCUCCCACGUCGAGCCCCCCAACCAGUCCUUUCGGACUGGCUCUCCCGGGGACGCCCCGGAGAGGCCGCCAUUUUGCGACUUUAGUGAGGGGCUUCCAGCCCCAAUGGACUUCUACCGCUUUACCGUCGAGAGUCCAAGUACUGUUGCAUCAGGUGGCGGCCACCAUGACCCUGCAGGGCCUGGCCAACCGCUGCAUGUUCCUGGUAGCCCUGCGGCUGCUGGCCAAGAAGAAGAGGGAGGAGGACGAGGGCCGGGACAGGCGCCUCGGCCCCUAGAGGACACCCCGGGGGAGACGCAGGAGCCAGAGGCCCAGGAGCUGGAGACCCGGUUGCCCCUGGUCGGUGAGGGACCUGUGCCUGAGCAGGAGCCUGGGACCCAGGAAACUCUUUGCCAACUCAAGCGAGACCAGCCCAGCCCUUGUCUGAGCAGCGCCGAGGACUCUGGGGUGGAUGAGGGGCAGGGGAGCCCUUCGGAGAUGAGCCACUCGGCAGAGUUCAGGGUAGACAACAAUCACUUACUCCUGCUCAUGAUCCACGUGUUCCGAGAAAACGAAGAGCAGCUCUUCAGAAUGAUCCGGAUGAGCACGGGGCACAUGGAGGGCAACCUGCAGCUGCUGUACGUGCUGCUCACAGACUGCUAUGUCUACCUGCUCCGGAAAGGGGCCACAGAGAAGCCAUACCUGGUGGAAGAGGCUGUUUCUUACAAUGAACUUGACUAUGUGUCGGUGGGCCUCGACCAGCAGACGGUGAAGCUGGUGUGCACCAACCGCAGGAAGCAGUUUCUGCUGGACACGGCGGACGUGGCCCUGGCCGAGUUCUUCUUGGCUUCUUUGAAGUCAGCCAUGAUCAAGGGCUGUCGGGAACCACCCUACCCCAGCGUCCUGACUGAUGCCACCAUGGAGAAGCUGGCACUGGCCAAAUUUGUGGCCCAGGAAUCUAAGUGUGAGGCGACCACUGUUUCUGUGUGCUUCUACGGGCUCGUGCACUGGCAGGACCCCCAGGAUGAGUCCCUGGGCCGCAUCCCCUGCCACUGCUCACCCCCUGAGGGUGCCGUCACCAAAGAAGGCAUGCUGCAUUACAAGGCGGGCACCUCCUACCUGGGCAAGGAACACUGGAAGACGUGCUUCGUGGUGCUCAGCAACGGGAUCCUCUACCAGUAUCCCGACCGCACUGAUGUCACCCCCCUGCUCUCAGUGAACAUGGGGGGGGAGCAGUGCGGUGGCUGUCGGAGAUCCAGCACCACGGACCGGCCCCACGCCUUCCAGGUCAUCCUCGCCGACCGGCCCUGCCUGGAGCUGAGCGCCGGCAGCGAGGCUGAGAUGGCUGACUGGAUGCAGCACCUCUGCCAGGCCGUGUCCAAAGGGGUCAUCCCCCAGGGGGUAACUCCCAGCCCCUGCAUCCCCUGCUGCCUGGUGAUCACGGAUGACCGCCUCUUCACGUGCCACGAGGACUGCCAGACCAGCUUCUUCCGCUCCCUGGGCACUGCCCAGCUGGCCGACAUCAGCACCGUCUCCACUGAACCGGGCAAGGAGUACUGUGUCUUGGAGUUUUCCCAGGACAGCCAGCAGCCCCUCCCACCCUGGGUCAUUUACCUGAGCUGCACAUCUGAACUGGACCGAUUCCUGUCUGCACUGAACUCCGGGUGGAAAACCAUCUACCAGGUGGACCUCCCCCGUAAGGCCAUCCAGGAAGCCUCCAACAAGAAGAAGUUCGAGGACGCCCUGAGCCUCAUCCACAGCGCCUGGCAGCGGAGCGACAGCCUGUGCCGGGGCAGAGCCUCGAGGGACCCCUGGUGCUGAGGCAGAGCUGGCGGGCGUCCUGGAGGGGCCGGAGAGGGAGGCGGGCGAGCGGCUGCUGGGGCCAGGCUCCCGCCCUCGUUCCCGGGCAGCAGAACCACCGAGUGGGGCUUGAGACAAGGUCUCCCUCCCAGGGACCCAGAACGGGUGCCCAGCACCCUGGGCCUCCUGCCCGGCAGGUGGCAACUGGGAAGUGCUGGGGGCAGAGGGUCCGAGCCCUAUGGGCUCUGCAGAUGCACGGCCCCCUUCCCCGGGGCCACCGCCUCACUCCACGAGGGGAGCAGGACUCAGAGGGCAGGAGCCCCUCUUCCUCCCCUGGGUCAGGGGCCCGGGCAGAGGCUUAGGCCGCCCUGGGGGCUCUGAGUGCCCGGCCAUCCCUGUUCAUGUUUGAACAUUCACCCGGCUGGGAGGGAAGCUGGAACACCGCGGUCUCAGUGCAUGUCUUCUCCUCACUAGCUCCAUCCCCAAGCACACUUCUCCCUGCCUUCCAGGGCCCGGGGGGUUGCAGGGGGCCGGGAUGGCCCUCCCUGGCUACCAGGAGGCCCUGCAUGUCCACGGCCCCCUACCUCCCCUCCUCCAAACCUGGCAGUGCCUGUAGGACCCAGGGAUCAGGCCAUCUCCUUUUUGCCAGGAGCAAAGGGGAGGGAGGAGGGCUUGGAGAGGAGCAAAGCCCACCAGCCUGUGUCCCCUGCCUGGCUGGAGCCAGGUCCUUCCCAAGAGGGCCCUCUGGGGGAAGGGGUCAGGUGGCCUGGGUUUUGUUUUUUAAAAUAAAAUAGACAUGUUAUAUUGCCAA